CUAAAAUGCGCCACAGCCACUGUUAUGUUAAAAUCAUAACUGGGAUGAGAACACAGGAGCAGGAACCUUGUAUAAAAAGAUGGCUCCAUCAGAGGUGUGAUUGAUAUCUCCUCCCGCGCCGCCCGCUCCGUGCCACGAGCUGCGGCGGUUCCUCCCAGAGGGAGCGCCGCUGUGCCGCGGGGGCGGGAUGGGAGGGGAGGUCGCAGCUCGCUUCCUUCUCCCUGUUUGCUCCUCCACAAAGGUGGUCUCCUGCCGCCGAGAUGCUCUCACGGUCCCCUGCUGUUUGCCGCACGCUGAGUCGCUCCCUGUCGGCGGCGAGCCAGGUUUAUAAUUUGGAUAUUGAACAAAGAUUACUGGGUCACUCAAUCUGCACCCAGUUUGUUUACAGGAAAUCUCAGCUGCGCAGAUAUCUGGCCCCAUCAAAUGCAUUCCUCUGCAGAUAUUUUAGGGCAUCUGCCGUUUGCAACGAUGAAUUGGUCACAGUCAACACUCCUCCAUUUGCGGAGUCAAUCACAGAGGGCGAUGUAAGGUGGGAAAUAGCGGUGGGUGAUUCGGUAACAGAAGACGAAGUGGUGUGUGAAGUCGAGACUGACAAGACGUCGGUUCAAGUCCCAGCUCCUGCAGCUGGUGUGAUCGAGGAGCUGCUGAUCCCUGAUGGAGGGAGGGUGGAAACAGGAAGUCCCCUGUUCAAACUGCGGAAAGGAGCUGCUCCAGCUGCCAAAGCUGCUCCCUCUGCAGCUGCAGAGGACGUCCUUCCUCCUCCACCACCUCCACCUCAGCCGUCCAUUCCUGCUCCAGCUGUUUCUGUUGCCAAACCCAGUCCUGCACCACCUGCUCCUCCAGCAGCAGGAGUCAGAGGACAAAACAGGGUGAGGAUGAGCCGAAUGAGGCUGAGGAUUGCUGAGAGACUGAAGGAAGCUCAGAACACCUGCGCCAUGCUGACCACCUUCACCGAAAUAGACGUGACUAACAUCAAGGAAAUGAGGAAACUCUACAAAGAGGCGUUUCUAACGAAGCACAACGUCAAACUGGGUUUUAUGUCUGCUUUUGAGAAGGCGUCUUCUCAUGCUCUGACGGAUCAACCCGCCGUCAACGCUGUUAUUGAUGAAGCAACCAAAGAGAUUAUCUACAGAGAUUAUGUGGACAUCAGCAUCGCUGUGGCUUCUCCAAAGGGACUUGUGGUACCAGUGUUACGAAAUGUGGAAUCCAUGAACUAUGCUGAGAUUGAGAAAACCAUAAAUGCUCUGGGAGAAAAGGCUCGUAAAAACGAGCUUGCGGUUGAAGAUAUGGACGGAGGAACAUUCACCAUCAGCAACGGCGGCGUGUUUGGCUCCUUGUUCGGCACGCCCAUCAUCAACCCCCCGCAGUCGGCCAUUCUCGGCAUGCAUGGCGUCUUCGACAGACCUGUGGCCGUCAAUGGACAGGCUGAGGUCCGACCCAUGAUGUACGUGGCGCUGACGUACGACCAUCGGCUCAUCGACGGCAGAGAAGCGGUCACUUUCUUGCGCAAGAUCAAAGCGGUGGUGGAAGAUCCACGGCUGCUGCUGGACAUGUGAUGUCGCAAACACCAAAAUACUCGACAAAAAACUUGGAAGUAUUGUGGCGGCAAAAAUGAAGCCAGCUCCUCAUUUGUCAAUCUUUGCCGAAACAUUUUAUCUCAUGCCAAAUCCGUCCCGCUCCUCCAGUUCUGAUCAGGCGGAUGAGCUGUGUGCCAAAACGGAUCUUCAAAGCCCAUGUCGGGCCGCACAGCGGCCCCAACCCGCCUCACCUCCCCCGACUCUUGAGAUGCUUCGAAUAAUGGGAUCAUCUCUGACAAAGUCUUGAGGGUUGCUUGGCCUUUUCUCCCACUUCACAAACACAAGCUCAAGUGCGUGCAGCUGGGUAUGAUGCCUCUUCAGGGUUUCAUGUUUACUUUAAUAAUCGCGAGAAGGGGGCGACAAUAGCUCCUAAUGUACGUCUUUGUUUCUCUGCCAGAACCUACACAAAUGUCUGAACAACUCCGUUUGGAGGGAAAACACAGAAUUCAUUACGAGACAAAAAAACACCCCCCACCCCAGAAACAUUCAAUUACCAUGAGAAUACUGGAGGUUCUAAUGGGUCCAAAUACAGCAGACAAUGACACAAGAGCCCCUUUAAUUUAAUUAUUUACUUUUAUGACGGCUCAAGAUUCCAUUAGCACUUUUGAGAUCAUGCUAAUUGGCAGCGUGUGCCCGGGGGUGCAUAGAUAUCUGAGAGGGUUUGUUGGCAGGUUUUUUAUGUUUGUCUUGGAAAUUUGGCCAAAUCUGUGAAUUUACAAUCAGACUGCUCAAUAAGACGUGGGUUUCAAGUCUUUGUGUCCAUUCAGAUGAAAGAUGGCACAUCAGAAAUUGGCAGCUAGGUGUUUGUUUUCAUUAAGCCAGAUCAGAGAGAUAAUUUACCUAAAUUAUUCUGUUUUGCUUCUCUUCUAAACAGGCUAAUUAUUUCCAUUGCAUUUUAUAAGAACUAUGUAUGAUCAGUGUAAUUUAAACUGGGUUUUUUUAUAACUAAAUGGCUGUUCCCGAAUGUCUAAGAAACUGUCAUUAUUUUUAUUUUUUUUAAGUUUUAAACACUUUGCAUUAAAGCAUACUUU